GCGCAGACGCUGAUCCGUGCUGCUGGGUGCGCCAUAUUGGCUGGCUUACAUGGGGAGUGGAGUUGGGCUAAACGCUUGAAAAACCAAACCAGUUUCCAGACAUGAAGCACUUCGAGGAUAGCAAGUAAAUCAACGCGGUAGGGCUUUUUUGGUUUCCUUGAGCGCAAAGUGUUUUAUCUGCCAAACUGCUCGUCAUUUCCCCGUGAAGAGGUACUCGGUAAACUCGACUCCCAAUGGAUCCCAGGACCGCUUGGAUCCAGCCGGAGCAGAAGGGACCUGCCAAUUCCCUGUGGAUGCACAUUUGGGAAACCUCUCAGGGAUUUGGAGCAAACACCGGCAUCGACAACCACCUUCACCACCAACGCAACUUUGCUAAUGCGAAUGCUAACUCCGCGGACACAAACGGCGAGUGUUGCAAAAACGUAGCGCCGCCGCCGCCGCCGCCGGGGGUUGUGUUUGGAAAACUGCCCAAGCGAGACGGCGGAGGAGAGAGGGGAAGCGUCCGGAGGAAGGGCUCGCUGUCGCCGUCUUCCUCCUCUUUGGACUCGGAGGCCGAAAGCUCUUCGCCCUCCGGCUCCUCUCUGCAAAUCGAUAAUUUGAACGUCGCAGAAGAGGCCAGCCGGUUUUUACACUACGGCGAGCACGAGUUGAACGAGAACAAUCUCAGACGGCAGUAUCCUCCUCCGCCUUUCCACACUGUUCACCAACACUGUCGCAGCAUGCAACAAUCCUUCGGCCACACCCCCGCCGGGAUGAAAAAUCAGCAUGGGAACAAGCACCACCACCAUCCGUCACAUUCAUCCGGCCGCAGGAGGCACCUGAACAGAGCCAACACUUUCCACGGCAUCAACCCGCUCCUGACCUACGGCUGCAAUGGACACUAUGCAGACUCUCCCUGCAGCCUGUGGAAAACCAGGCGGUACAGCCCGGGUAUUAAUGGUCUUCAUGAAGAAAUCGUGGACUUUUUCAACUUCAUGUCACCACGACCAGAGGAGGAAGCCAUGAGACAGGAUGUCGUGAACAGGAUAGAAAGUGUCAUCAAGGACUUGUGGCCCACAGCACGGGUGGAAAUAUUUGGCAGCUUCAGCACAGGACUUUAUCUUCCAACAAGUGACAUUGACCUGGUGGUGUUUGGAACAUGGGACCAUCCCCCACUGCAGGAACUGGAACAAGCCCUGAGGAAACACAAUGUGGCUGGCCCAUAUCCCAUCAAGGUCCUCGACAAAGCUACAGUGCCAAUCAUCAAGCUUACUGACCAUGAAACUGAGGUGAAAGUGGACAUCAGCUUCAAUGUUGAGACUGCUGUUAAAGCAGCACAGUUCAUCAAAAGCUAUCUCAAGAAGUACACUGUUCUGCCACCCCUGAUCUUCGUCCUGAAGCAGUUCCUACUGCAGAGAGAUCUAAAUGAAGUAUUCACUGGAGGCAUCAGCUCUUAUAGCCUUAUACUGAUGGCCAUCAGUUUUCUGCAGUUACACCCUCGGAUCGACACGCGACGUACCAACAUCAACCUGGGAAUCCUACUGAUCGAGUUCUUUGAGCUGUACGGCCGCGAUUUCAACUACAUGAAGACUGGCAUCAGGGUGAAGGGUGGAGGGGCUUACCUGUCCAAGGAGGAAAUGCUCAAAGCCAUGGGAAGUGGGAACAGGCCAUCCAUGCUCUGCAUAGAAGAUCCAAUACAGCCAGGGAAUGACGUGGGCAGGAGUUCAUAUGGCAUUCUGCAGGUCAAGCAGGUGUUUGACUUUGCCUACAUGGUGCUGAGUCAUGGUGUGUCUCCUCUUGCACGGGCAUACCCCAACAAAGAGUAUGACAGUACUUUAGGACGUAUCAUCAAAGUCAGCCCAGAAGUGUUGGCUUACAGGGACUGGACGAUCAAGAAGUGGGGAGCCAAGCAGUAUGCCAAGCUGGAGAACCAUGAUGUAGAGACCUGUGAGCAGGACCUUGCCAGGCUGUUGCUGGUCUCUGUAGAGGAUCAGAGAGACACUUCCUCCCCUCUCAGUGCCGACUCCUCUUCUUCUUCUCCAGUCUUUCUCCCCAGCCCUCAACACCAUUCCUCAUCAUCCUCUGCAUGUUCACUCUCCUCUUCUGGAAGUGACAUAGAGUCUGAUUCUCCCCCAAGCAGUAAUGCCGCUAUCCAACUCCAUCCCCUCACCCUGGCCUCAAUGCAUUCAGUAAUCCAGAUGGCUACUGACUUGAGGGCAACACAUCCAGCAGGAUUUAUCCACACCACACCUCAGGUCCCGAUGGCUCUCCCAGAAAACCUAACUAUCCCCUCGCUCUCCAAUUGCCAGUUCUACCACGAGAAUCCACCUUUAAUCAGUGUUGUGCACCGUCACAUGUCACAAGCUGCACAAGUCUCCCAGCACACCAACUCCACAAGCCCUCUCCCCAGCCCCCUCCACCAGCUCCAUCAUCCUCAGGUAGGAGGGCAGCAGGGCCCCGCUUACACCAUAAGAUCCCACUCCCAUGGCUCACUUGAGCCGCACAAUAUUGGCUUCAAGCACAAUCAAGGUGGCGGCCUCCGAGGUCAAAACCACUCUCAAGGUAACUUCAGUCCCCAGCGGCGGUUCGUUCCCCAGGGUCAUAACACAGCACCAGGUUUCAGGAACCAGCAGCAGCAGCAGUACAACCGUAACACCUGGCGGCGCAGAAAGAGGGACAAUCUUCCUGCUCUUAACCAGAGCAGAUGAAAGACUGAAGCUGCAUGACUCAACUUGACUGGCACUGGAUUUUGAAAGCCUCACUUAGCCCAUCAUGAGUGUUGGUGUUGAAGCUGUGAAUGAUUCAUGAUACACCUGUUUUGUUUUGUUUUGUUUUUUUGUUUGUUUUGCUGUUGUUGGAGGCUCUCGGACCUACUUCAUUCUGGAAUUCACAAGUCAAUUGAAGUAGUCUCCCAAGGUGUCAAAUGUUUGAUCACUGCUAGCAUUGUGCAAACACUAAGUGAUGCCACAAGGCUCUUGCAGCUGAAGGAAGACUGUAAAAAGACCUACAGUCUUAAUCUGUACAAAUGUUCUUACAGUCUCAGUCUGAUGGUAGUCAGAAGCCCUUCCUCUAAAUUUGAUGCACACCAGCACAGACUUUGAGUCGAUUUGAAGAAUUACUGAUUCCCAGACUGGGUCUUCUUACCAGGGUCACUUUCCAACUGCUAAAACUGGCUGGUUGGCUGAAGAGUUUAUUCAAGUAUUGAGUUUCCAUGCAACAUGAACAUCUUGGAAAGCAACAUCAUGUGCCAUAGUAGUGAACUGGUUUAUCAAACCUGGUCUUUCUUGAAGUUUUGACUCUUAUUGGGCCUUUUUUUGAUCAGGUUUGGGGCUCAUUUUGGUCUUCUGAAUGCAAAUCCUUAUUGGCUACGCUCUUGAUUCAGAGCUCUUUCAGCUUGGACUAUCAUCUGCGAAGCACUACCUUUCUACCUAUGCAGCGCAAUGCUGACUUGAUGUAUUUUGGUGUGACGGCACAAAACGGACCUUGUCUCAAGUGCUUAAACUGUGAUGACUUGUUUGAAUGUACCAAGUGUUUUUUUUUUUUUUUUGUUGUUGUUUUUUUUGUGUGUGUGUGUUGGUCAUUAUCUUUUGUUCUCGUUUUUUGUCACUGAGGGAUUUUUUUUGUUAUUCACAUGGGCACUAUUUUAUUUUUGUAAUAUAAACAUUACCACCUUGUUUUAUGUUUGUUGGCUUUAAUGUGCAAUACUUACUUGCUUUUAUUUAAUUUAUUUCACAUUUUAGUUUUAUUUUAGGGCUCAGCCCCACUUUUGUUUUAUUUUAAUUUCUAGAUUACAUUGAUCUGUGCAAUAGAUUGAUUUAAGGGCCUUGAAGGAAUCUGUUUGUGUGUAUGUACUGCUUCCCAGCAGCAGGGGGAGCUGUGGUAUUGCGACAUGAAAAAUGUGCCAAAAAUUCCUAAGAUGCCAACAUUUUACUCAUGUUUAAUUUACCAUUGCAAUAUGAUCACUUGAACUGCCUGUCCAAAUGGUUUCCACCACUAGUUCUCAUUUUAAACAUAUCAUCCAUUUCUGUAGUUUUAUUUGGGUGCACUUCCUCUUGAUAGACUGUAGGCUGUACUGAGGAAAUGCGCCUUUACCAAUGUUCCUUCAUGUCAUCUUAAAAAUAGUUGGUGCUACUUAUUACCAGCAAAAUGCUUGUGUUUUGCCUUAUAUCUCCUUUGAUUCUGUUAAAGCAACAAGUUAACUGCCUUCUUAAAUGACCAAAUUUGCCCUUUUUUCCGAUAUGUAGCCAGCUUUCUGUAUGACCUAUUUGUAAAAUGCACUGCCAGGCUUACUUGGCUUUUAUUUUUACAUGCAGCUUCUAGGUGUAUGCUCCAGGAGUAGGCUCCUACUGCAGCUGAUGAUUGUUAGCAUUUGCAUCAUUUCACUUUUUUCUUUUUAAAUUCAAAGAUGGUCAUUACAAACCAGAUGUAUAAGAGAUUUUCCUCUCCCAUAUUUAAAGUCAAUAUUUCUAAGACAAGGUUUCAAAGCUAUGUAAUUUACACGGCAAUCCAUAAGAUUAUUUGAGCUUGGGAUGUCACAUUCACCAUUACAGGAGACUUGGUAGAGCCAUUAACCUAACCAAACCAAAAUUUGGUGACUUCAUGCAUUUAAAAAGUCUAAUUAUUGGACCACCCUUCAUACCAAACUGAUGGCUUCAACAUGAUAUUGACAGUUAUCCCCUUGUUGUCGGUGUGGUUUUAUUCAGCCUUGUGGAGGAUAAUUGAUGGGUUGUCAAAUAAUUUGGCCACAAACCAAAUCCCUAGCUCAUAUGUGUGUGUAAUUAAGGAUGGGUUGCGUGUAAAUGACUUGACAUAUAGAUGUAUACCUUGUUUUUUUUAUGUAAGUUUUCUAUUUUUUUAAUAAACAUUUUAAAACGCCA